AUGAAACGACUGCACGGCAAUCAAACUCCAUCUUCCGAUGAUGAUGCAGUCAUGUUUAAUAGCACAAAGAAGACGAAAUUCAAUGAUUCAUCAUCAAUGACUGAAGAUGAUUCAAGUGUUUUGUAUGAGAUAAAACAAAGAAAAUUUGGUUUGCCUGCUAACGUGAAGAAUUUUUCUAAAGCCGGAAUUCAACACGGGAUGGCUUGGGUCUUAGACAAUGAUAAAUUAUUUGUCUGGGAAAUCAAAAAAGCAUUGACUGCUUCCAGCCAAGCUCUUUGUUUGGAGAAUGUACCAAUAUCAGAAAGCGUGCCUGGAAAAUGUUUUGUAUCGCUGAUGGUUCCAUCAUCACAAUCAAAUUCUUCAAAUUUCUCUCUAUUUUUUUGCACACCUGAAGGCAAAUACAAAUAUUGGUAUGACAUUAGUUUGGAAGAUGAAGAAUCUCAGUUUAAAUUCGAAAUUGGAAAUCUGUUAAGAAAGCUAAACUUCUGUUAUGAUUCGCUUUGCUUAACAUGCAUUGCUCCAAAUCAAUCGAAAGAUAAUCACUUAUAUUUUGGAACAAAAAGUGGAUAUUUCUUCGAGUUACAUUGCUUACCAAAUGGAGAGAUUGAUGUUACAACUCAACAAAAAGCUUAUGGGUCCCAAAACGCAACAACUAACACUUCAGAGGGUCUAUUUAGUUGGCUCACAUCCUGGAACAAAACUACUACAACUUACAGCGAACCCGAAGCUGUUAUUUCUAUUCAGUCCUCAGAUAAUUAUUUCUUUAUGUUAACAGAAAAAUGUCUUUCAAAAUACACAGAACAAGGCAAAGAGAUUUGCUGGAGACGUGAGAUUCUUAGCGAGCUGAAAAAGUUGUCCUUUAUGAAAAAAUACUCGUUACGGCUCAUCAACUUUGCUUAUGAUGAGCCACAGGGAAAAAUUUAUCUUUUGUCUUGGUGUACUCCAGAAGUUUUUGACUCUAACCAUGUUCCCCUUGUAAACUAUCUGUUAUGGCCACUUCAAAUUCAUGACAGGUUUAUGGACAAGUUUGUUGUAGAGUCCCCUAUAACUCUGCUCUCUGUUGACUAUAAUGAAAAUAAUGAGUAUAUCUAUAACAAUAGUCAGAUGGUUUUCGAAAAAGAAAAAUUAUUUGUUUCAAUUCUUGAAAACUUGUCCGUGUUAGAGAGAAACAGAAUAAUUCAACAAAUUGAAGUAUCAGAAAUAUUGUGUGAAGGAUCAAUAGCAAUAGCUGAUAUAUGUACCAUUAGUAGAAAUGGAGAAUUAACGCUAUUACAAGUCUCUCCAAUGAGUGACUCAGAGUCUGACAAAAAUACAAACGAGUCACAACUCUAUGAACAAAAGGAUAUGGAUAAUACUCAAUAUGACCCUGAGAUCAGUUAUGCAAACAUUGUCCUAGGAUUAUUUAGAAAGAGAAAUACUCAAAUAGAAUCACUCAAUAUUAUUGCAUCCUCUAUUGUCAAGGCCUGUGAGCUUUUGGUGGAUAGUAUACCUCUAUCUGGUAGCUUGGUCAUACCAAUUGAUAGCAUUGAUCAUUCAGCUUUUUCAGAAAAGCUGUCUAUUCUAAUUUCAAAAACUUUGCAGAAAAAGCUUGAAGAUUAUUUGCAAUUUAUCAUUUACUUACAGGAUUGCAACAUUUUCCAAAAAUUAUCAAACCAAGAAUUACUUCAAGUAUUCGAGUAUGGAGAGAAAAUCGUUGUUUGUAUGAAACUGAGAGACCUUCAAAAUGAACUUGGGGGUUAUCAAAAGAAAGAUUUUGAUAUACUGAUCGCAGCAAUGAACCUUUGUAAACAACGCAAAUUACACUCAAAUGUUGAGAACUUUUACAUUGAGGUAUCUAAGGUACAUGAAUUCAUUGACACGAUACAAACAGUCUCAAAGAAAACCAGUAAUGUGACUCUUGUGAAUAGAGUAUAUCAAUGCUUUAUCGAUGGAAUACGAAGUUUUAGAGAAAUGGCCCGUACCACUCUCGGACUAGGCAAUGUAUCAAGUACAUGGACUUCAGAAAAAUCUGAUCUAAUUGUUAAUCAUUUUUAUGAACAGUUCAAAAAGUCAGCAGACUCUCUGAGUGGAGAAUAUCAGAAUUCUACGCAUAUUCUGAACCAAAUGUUUGAUAUUGCUGACUUUUUGUUUUCUAUUUUACGCGAUUUAACUCAACAAGACAAGACCAAAUUCCAUAGCCUUCAAUUUGAACAAAAGAGAGAUGCUAUAAUUGCAACCUUUAAAAACAAGAACGAUGUUGGCGAUGUUUCUCCUAAAAAAUUUGCCUUGACCUUAGCAGAAAAGUACAAAGACUUUAAACAUUUGAUUCAACUCACAGAAGAGAGAUAUCCGAAAGAAUCUGAAAGAAUUGCUCAAUACUCGAUUUAUAUUCGUAGAUUUAAUGAUUUUUCAACCUAUCUAUUUUCCUAUUUGAAAGAUUCUAAAAGAUAUCAUGAAUUACUUGGAUAUCAAUGGAGCAUCAAAUAUCCACAACAGAUUGGAGCAGUUGUUGAAUCUGAUGCUAACUUGAGAUGGCUUCAUGGUAUUCAAGUGGGUAAAUUGGAAAGUGUGAAGCAAGCAUUGACUGAACUUACAGAUGAGCCCUCAAAAAAUAUUUUAAAGCGUGACGCUUUGAUUGCCAUGAGAAAUAGAUUGUCACUUUUAAAGCUCGCUUCUUUGGCAUCCGAUGAUACAAGCAGUGCUCAAGAUCCAUCCUAUUUUCUGAAGUUAGUAUUCUAUCAAGAAAAGCUUGCAACAGAUCUUGCUCUAGAAAAUCCAAACCCCAACUGGUCAAAAGAAUCGUUCCAAGGUGCUGUAGAAUUAAUGAUAUCUGUUUACAGUGGCAUUCCUUCAGAUACAAACGUUAUUAGAGAACAUCAAGAAAAGCUUUUGGAAAGGCUUAGAGUCGCUUGUGACAUUUACUGUAUGUGGAGAGAAAGAGAGGGCGGAAUAGAUGAGCAGACAAGAUUGGACAUUUUGCUCAAUAUUUAUACAGCUGCAUUCUAUGUUUCGUAUCAAUUAUUGGCCAUGGUCAAUGCGAAGAAUAUUGUGGAUGAGGAAAAGCUUAUUCGUGAAACAAUUCUCUACGAAUUGCAAAAGGAAAAUUCUGGAAAGAGCUCAGCUGCUACUGAAGAGCUCAAACAAAGAUUGGUUUCUUUCUUUUUGGAUACCUUCUCAGACAAACACGCCCAAGUCGUACAAAGUGUCUUUCAUCUUGAUUAA